CACGCCCUGACACUAAGCAAGUAACAGGAUGACAUAUAUUGGAGAAAACGUACUAAAUAAACUUGAACGAGAGGGCAGCCAAGCACCAGAAAAAAAAUACAAGGACAUUAUAAGAUGGCGAAAUGUAGGAAUUUUGACAUUCAUACACGUGGGUGCACUGAUCGGAGCACACCUAAUGGCCAAAGAGGCUAAAUGGCAAACUAUAAUUUGGACAAUAUUUUUAUAUGAAAUAUCCGCAAUUGGAAUCGUAGCAGGACAACACAGGCUAUGGACUCAUAAUUCAUAUAAAGUCAAAAUGCCGUUAGAACUUCUUCUGGCAUUUUUCGCUACCGUGGCUGCUGAGACUAGUAUAUACAAUUGGGCGAGAGACCACAGGGUCCACCACAAAUACACCGAUACUGAUGCAGACCCGCACAACGCUACCAGAGGAUUUUUCUACUCUCAUAUCGGUUGGCUGUUGUAUAAAAAAAACCCAUUGGUAAUAGAAAAGGGCAAAACUAUAUUUCUUGACGAUUUACAUGCCAAUCCUAUCGUCAUGAGUCAACAUCGAUAUUAUUACCGAAUCGCUAUACCACUUAGUAUGAUAAUUACAUUAGUGCCCAUGUAUUUUUGGGAGGAAACAUUGAUGUCCUCAUUCUUCGUUGGUGUGAUGCUCCGAUAUUGUUUCACAAUCCAUAUGACAUUUUUAAUAAACAGUGCAGCACAUAUGUUUGGGACAAGACCAUAUGACAAAAAUAUUAACCCAACUGAAAAUUGGUUAGUCAGUCUUGGCAAUAUUGGAGAUGGCUGGCACAAUUUUCAUCAUGCUUUCCCUUGGGACUACAGAUCAGCUGAAUUAGGCGGCUUUCGUUUCAAUUUGGCAGCAUUAUUUAUUGAACUGAUGGCCAAAUUAGGUCAAGCCUAUGAUCUCAAAACUGCAUCUCCACACAUUGUACUGGCAAGGCAGAAGCGAACGGGAAUGCUAUCAACAACACAGGGAAAUACAAAAAUUGAAACAAUCCAUUCAUGGGGAUAUGGAGAUAAAACACGUCCAUAUGAAGAGAGUUGUUUGUCAAUGAAAAACGACCCCUCGUGUUAAUAAUUUAUUUAUACAAAUAAGAAAAUGGAACCAA